GGAACGAAAGAAAGAUGGCGGAUGAGGGCGAACUGUCCGCGCUGGUGUGCGAUAACGGGUCGGGGAUGGUGAAAGCCGGGUUCGCGGGCGACGACCAAGCAGACUGGUGGAAAUUCAGGGGCGACGACCAAGCAGACCGGUGGAAAUUCAGGGCGUGUACGCACUUGAACACGCUGCUCCUGUUAUUGUUGGGAUAUUUGGCUUUUCACAGGCCUCAAUUUAUUUUAGGACUCGGCCACAGGACUCGCGCCAAGACAGUCAGAUUUGCAAUAGUGACAGCGUGCUCAUCGAACCACGCCGCUGAAAAUCUCGAUAUGCUGCGCUCUCUAGCAGACAGCCGGUAUGGUGGGAUAGUUUCUGUAUACUACAUGCACAAGGUUGACGCGUUGGAUAUGGCGCAUGCGGAGUUCAGGUUAUUGCAAAAGUACAAGCUACAAUUGAAAAAAGUAAAGGCGCAGAUCAAGUUGCAGACGUUAGUGAUAGAAGAGCAAGAGCGUUUAGACACGUACUGUUUUAAACCACGUGUAGUGCAGAUGUUUUUACGUGUGUUUGACGACCUGGAUGCUUUCAUGUGGGCAGAUUCUUCAACACGUUUCCUUGGAAACCCGGAAACGUGGGUGUCUCACGUGCUCGAAGAUGGUGUGGGAUUCGCCGGUCGUUUGGGUGCUUUGGGUAUGGGGGUGAACACACACCCCGCCACUUAUGCUUAUCUGAACGUCGACCGUACGAAAUUCAAAAACUUUACGGAGAUAGCUGCCACAUAUUGGAUAGCGAACCUCCAGUCGGAUGUUUACAAGACAGUUCUCGCGCCUUGGAUAGCAUGCGGCGUGCAUAACUGUCUUUCUUGCAUGGCACCUCCAGGAUCCAGUCGUAAGCUGACGAAACCACGCAAAGGCCCACCUUCAACAGAAUAUAUUGUGCACCGAUACGAUCAGUCUGUACUUAGCAUUCUUUUGUAUGAGUGGGAUUGGCAGUCCGCAGGAAACAUCCAAAUAGGAAACCUCAAGUAUAUAGAUGUGCAAAAAGUUUCUGGUUCUAAAACGCCACUGCGCUGAUGGGCAAUUAAUUGACACUUCUUUGGCACAUGUCCUACGAAAGUUGAUACGCCAGUGCUUGUGACGUGGCCCAUGGGUUUUCAUGUGUUAAUAUACUUUGUAUUCGAGACCAUUGUCCGAAGUUGUAUCUAGGUCACAAACGCGCUAUUCCAUGCGGUAUCCCAGUGUAAUCACGCGAGUAGUUCGUUUGUA